CUCUAAAGCAAACUGUUGCCCUCUAAAGCAAACUGUUAACCAAAUUGUAUUUCCAUUUCCAGAUCCAACCAUUCUCAUAAUCUCAGGCUUGUUUUGUUUUGGUGGUGGUGUUGUUGCUAGAAAUGGAAGCAGCAAGCAUAGUUUUAUCCCCUGCUUUGCAAGUGAUCUUUGACAGAUUGGCCUACCCAGCCUUAGAAGCAAUUGCUGCUGAUACGUUGGGUUUCGAGGACAAGCUCAACAGCCUACGAGAUUCCAUAAAAAGGGUUGAAGCUAUUCUUCAAGCUGCGGAGGAUCAACAAAUAACCAACAAAUAUGUUAGGUUUUGGUUGUCAAACCUCAAGAAAGAUGUUUCUGAUGCUGAGGACCUUCUGGACUUGUCUUUCGCUUGCUAUAACGGGUAUGGUAAGUCAAUUUUAAAAGGCUCUCAUGCUGAAAAAAUUAAAAAGGCAAUCCUCAAAUUAGAAAAGACGAUAAAUGAGGGAUUCUCGACAUUUAAAUUUGGAGAGCCUAGCAUAGGAGAUCGACGAUCUAUCCAAAGGGAGACUGGCUCUUGCAUCCUCGACCCAAAGAUAUAUGGAAGAGAUGAUGAGAAAGAGAAGUUAGUCAAACUGUUACUGUCUUCGGAAACUUCCCAGGAUGGAUCUGCAACUUGUAUUCCAAUAAUUGGUAUUGGAGGAAUUGGCAAGACCACUCUUGCUCAAUUGGCAUAUAACGAUGAGAGGGUCUCCAAACACUUCCGCUCUAGAAUGUGGAUUUUUGUUUCUGAGAAUUUCAAUGUCGAGAAGAUUAUGAAAAAAGCCAUUGAGCUUGUAACAAAGAAGGAAUGCAAGUUGUCGGCGAUUGCAUCACUUCAAUCUCGGCUUUUGGAAUUGCUACAGGAGAACAGAUGUCUGAUUGUGUUGGAUAAUGUUUGGACUGAAGACCGGGAUGAUUGGAAGGAACUAACACCUUUGUUUAGAGCGGGUCUUAGUGGAUGCAAAAUUAUUGUCACCACCCGCAGUCAAAAAAUUCCAUUAAUAAUGGGCUUCCCAAAUUCACCAUUUUAUUUAAAUGGUUUGAAGGAUGAUGAUUGCUGGUCUGUGUUCAAGCAGGAAGCAUUUCAAUGCGGAGAAGAAGAGAAGUAUCCAAAUCUUACACGGAUUGGAAAGGAGAUUAUCAAAAAAAUUGGAGGAGUGCCAUUAGCUGCAAAAUGUUUGGGAAGAUCAAUGCUCUUGGAAAGAGAAGAAAAAAAGUGGUUAUUUAAGCGAGAUUGUGAACUCUGGGAAUCAGAUGAAAGCGAAAAUAAACUUUUCCUUCCCCUAAUGUUGAGUCUACCGCCACAUCUUAGACAAUGCUUUGCAUUCUGCUCAUUAUUUCCCAAAAAUUAUGAGUUCAAGAAGCAGAAGUUAAUUCAUCUAUGGAUGGCAGAAGGCUUCAUUCCAGAAGAGGGAAGCAAGCGACCUGAAGACAUUGGUGAGGAAUACUUUUCCGAAUUGUUGUGGAUAUAUUUCUUGCAAGAAGUACGGCCACAUGAUGGUGGAGAAAUAAUUGGAUACAAGAUGAAUGAUAUCAUUCAUGAUCUUGCACGAUAUGUUGCAGGAAAAGAAUAUGUGGUACUUGAACAGGGUCGGCCACAAAAUUGGUCACCAGCAGAGAUUCGCCACGCAUCUAUUGUUUAUAGAUAUGGUGAAAGAAUUACAAUUCCAGAAACUCUAUAUAAAGCAGAACAUUUGCGAACUCUCUUAUUGAUCGGAGAUUCUGGCUCGUUGCAGAACGGAGAUAAAAUUUAUUCAAGUUUUGAAUACUUGCGAGUGCUAGAUCUCAACAACUGUGAUCUUGUUGAUCUGCCGAAUUCCUUGGGUGCCUUGAUAUGUUUGAGGUAUUUUGACUUGUCUUACACACGUAUCACCCAGUUACCUAAAACAGCACAUGAUCUGUUUUAUUUGCAGACCCUAAACCUAAUUGGUUGCCAUAAUCUUGAAUCUUUGCCUCAUUUGGGAUCAUACUUAAGACAUCUUAACUUAAGUGGAUGUGAGCGUUUGACUGGUAUGCCUCCGAAUAUUAAACAUUUACGUCAGCUUCAGACAUUGCCACUUUUUGUUGUGCCGAAGUUGCCGGGAAUGAUUCAACUGGAAGGUUUAAAUCUUUAUGGAGAGUUGAAUAUUGCUCACUUGGUGAAUAUUCCUCUCUUGGUGAAUAUUGCUGACUUGGUGGAUAAUGUUCCAGUUUCUUUUUUAUGUACGCAAAGUAUAUUUUUUGGCAGCCUGUCACGUACAAUUGGAUCAGCAGAACUGGUCAAAUCAGCAAGACUGCAUAUGAAGGAAAAUCUGGAGUCGUUGGGAUUAUACUGGGAUAGUAUUCCGCAAUUUAGAGACGCAUUCCCAAAACUACCUAAGGCCCAACCUGAAGAAGGCGUCUCAAGAUCACAUAUAGCACAAGCAUCUGAAAUAGUUAUUGAAGUUCUGCAACCACACAAAAAUCUGAAAAAGCUAGUUAUAAAUGGGUACCCAGGAAUCAAAUUUCCUCAUUGGGCUCUCCCAGAUCUUGUUGCUGCUGUUUUCACCAACUGUAGAAGUUGUGAAUAUCUUCCAACCGUUGGGAAUCUUCCGCUACUUAAGACGCUUUCUCUGCAAGGAAUGCAUGGCGUGAAGAGCAUUGGUACAGAGUUCUAUGGUGACGGUACAGACAUAUGGUUUCCAUCACUCGAAGAACUAUCAAUAAGUGAUUUUGCAAACUUGGAAGAGUGGUCAAGUGCAAAUGAUAGAAAUGCAUUCCGUAGAUUGAAGAAAUUAAAUGUAAAGAUUUGCCCCAAGUUAGCACAUAUACCGUUACCUCAGUCCCUUCUACAUUUGGAGAUUCAGGAUUGUAAUCCUACGUUGGUGCCCAUAGCAGAUUUAAGUUUGCUAUCUGUUCUUAUUCUUGACAAAAUUCCAGACCUAGUGUCUCUCCCAAAAGGGCUCUUUGCAUCAACUAGUCUGUCUUCCUUGAAGAUUGUGUCUUGCCCCAAGCUUCAUUCAAUGCCUUUGGAGAUCCAAAACCUUAGUUCUCUGAAAUCAUUGACCAUUCGUUGGUGUGAAAAGCUGUCCUCUCUACCACAAAGUUUACAGAACCUGAAAGCUCUGGAGUCACUGGAGAUUAGUGGCUGUGGUAGUCUAACAUCCCUGCUAGAUGGUGGAAUUGCGGGUUUGGCUUCACUUCGAACUUUGUCCAUUGAAAACUGCAGUGAGCUGACUUCUCUGUUGUCGAGUUUGGAACAGCUCACAUUGCUUGAGGACUUGACCAUCAUGGACUGUCCAAAACUUGGUUCUUUUCCAGCAGGUGUGCAACACCUUUCCUCCCUUAGAAGUUUGGUGGUUCAAAAUUGUCCUUGGUUUGAUUCUCUGCCAGAAGGGUUGCAAAAUGUCAAGACCCUGCACUGCUUGGAAAUUAGUAGUUGCGACAAUCUAACAGCUUUGCCAGAAUGGUUUAAGGAUCUUGCUUCACUUAGAUCUUUGACCAUAUAUGAGUGUCCUAAUUUGAUAGUACUGCCACUGGGUUUCAAGUUUCUCACUAAACUCCAGCACCUCUCUAUUCAAGAAUGUCCUGAGCUUGAGGAAAGAUGCAGACAGGGUAGUGGUGAGGAUUGGUUGAAAAUAGCCCAUGUCCCACAUAAGUACAUUGGAUCGCCUCAGGUAAGGCGGUUUGGCGAAGCGAGCACAUCGGGAAGCUCAUCUAUCCAAGUAGCUUCUCAGGCCGCGGGGGUUGAAUGUUUUGGGGUGGGAGAUAGUGGCCAUACGGGAAAUUUCAUUGAUGAUAGGCUUUUUGGGUUUUAAUCGUUUUAUACUUGCAACUGCCUCCCAAGAAGCUCUUUCAAUGCUUAAUGGCAGAACGGAUUGGUGGAGCAACAUUGGCAAUGUGGUGGAAGAUAUUAGAUGGUUGGUAGUCGACAUGUAUGUGACGGAUGUGUUUUUAUCAACCUUGAAAGAGCAACUGUGUGGCGCAUGCUCUUACUCAAUUUGGCUUGAAGGAAGGCUCCAGUUUUGUUUGGACGGCACCACCUUGGUUGGACUCUAUUCU